AUGGCUUCUUCAAAAUUAGCAAACUUGACGGAGAUUCAUGGCUGCCACCAUAGCUUGAAUCUCUAAUACUUACAACAUUAAAGAAAAAAAAAACAUGUAUAGGUUUGAAGCAGACAACCAUGGCGUCUCCAUUUCAGUUGCAGGCGACAAUAAAACUCUUGCAGAUUUUGAGGUUUUGAAGAAACCUAAAAGGAACAAGUUCGCUUUUGCUUGUGCCAUUCUUGCUUCAUUAGCUUCUAUCUUGCUUGGAUAUGAUAUUGGGGUGAUGAGUGGGGCUAUUCUUUACAUAAAAGACGACCUGAAAAUUAGCGACGUUCAAGUUGAAAUCCUCGUCGGAAUUCUAAACUUGUAUUGUCUCAUCGGAGCAUACGUCGCCGGUAGGACUUCCGACUGGAUAGGUCGCCGUUACACCAUCGUCGUGGCCGCCGCCAUCUUCUUUGUGGGAGCUUUGCUCAUGGGGUUCGCAACGAACUACGGAAUUGGCGUCGGCUUUGCCUUAUUGAUUGCUCCGGUGUACACCGCCGAAGUAUCUCCAGCUUCUGCUCGUGGCUUUCUCAACUCAUUCCCUGAGGUUUUCAUUAAUGCUGGUUUAUUGUUGGGGUAUGUUUCCAACUAUACAUUUUCGAAGCUGCGAGCUGACUUAGGGUGGCGGGUAAUGCUUGGUGCCGGCGCUAUUCUGUCAGUUUUCUUGGCUAUUGGGGUUCUUGCAAUGCCUGAGUCACCUCGUUGGCUGAUUAUGCAAGGUCGAUUAGGUGAAGCUAAGAUAGUUCUCGACAAAACUUCAGAUACCAAAGAAGAAGCUCGUGGUCGACUCAGUGACAUCAAAGCUGCCGCCGGAAUACCAGAAGAUUGCACCGAUGACAUUGUCCAAGUCCAAAAGCAAACCCACGGCGAAGGUGUGUGGAGAGAAUUAAUUUUACACCCCACACCAGCUGUUAGGCACGUGUUGAUUUGCGCCAUUGGGAUCCAUUUCUUCCAACAAGCGAUAGGCUUAGAGUCUGUUGUUUUGUACAGUCCAAGGAUUUUUGAAAAAGCUGGGAUCACAUCGUCAGAUCAUAAGCUACUUGCCACCAUGGCCGUUGGAUUUUCCAAGACAACCUUUAUCUUAGUGGCCACAUUUUUACUAGACAAAAUUGGACGACGUCCUUUGCUCCUCAUCAGUUCUGGUGGCAUGGUCGUUAUAUUGGCUACACUAGGGCUUUCAUUAACCGUCAUUGGUCAUUCAGAAAAGAAACAAACUUGGGCUGUCGGAUUGUGCAUCACCAUGGUUUUAUCUUCUGUGGCAGUUUUCUCGAUAGGGAUGGGACCUAUUACGUGGGUUUAUAGCACAGAGAUAUUCCCAUUGAGGCUACGUGCACAAGGAGCAAGUUUAGGAGUGGCGGUUAAUAGGGUGAUGAGUGGUGUAAUCUCUAUGAGUUUUAUUUCAUUGUACAAAGCUAUUACCAUUGGUGGAGCAUUUUUCUUAUACUCCGGAGUUGCGUUGGUGGCAUUUUUCUUUUUCUUCACUUUCUUGCCGGAAACUCAAGGGAAAACGCUUGAGGAAAUGGAAGGGCUUUUUGGUAAAUUUGUCGGAUGGAGAGAAGAGACUAAAAAGAUGAAGAUGAAGAGGAAGAGGAAUGAAGCUAACGAUGACGAAAUAGGUAACGAUCAAAUCCAAUUAGGGAAAAUAUAUCACUUCCCUACCCAUUUUAGGCAAUAAAUACAUCAACAUAGUGUGAAAAUUUAUGUAAGAAACAUUUUUAUUUUAAAAUUUAUAUUGAAAAUAAUUGAAUUUUUUUAGAAAAAUAGUAAAAUUAAA